AUGGAUCUAGUUGCAGAGAUCAAAGCCAAAGCAGAGGUGUACCGUGGAGAUGAACUCUGCCAAGAAAAGACCAAGUUGCUACUGAAGGAGGUAGGGCUACCCAAUGGCCUUUUGCCCUUACAGGACAUUGAGGAAUGUGGAUACGAGAAGGAAAGUGGGUUUGUGUGGCUGAAGCAGAAGAAGACAAUAAACCACAAGUUUGAGAAGAUUGGGAAGCUAGUGUCCUAUGCAACUGAGAUCACUGCCUAUGUUGAGGUUGGUAAGAUAAAGAAGCUCAAAGGUGUGAAGGCCAAGGAGCUCAUGGUUUGGGUCACACUGAAUGAGAUAUUUGUUGAUGAUCCACCCAGUGGCAAGAUCACAUUCAAGACCCCUACAACGUUGUUCAGGACAUUCCCAGUCUCAGCUUUUGUGAUUGAGGAGCCGGUUAAGGAAGUGAAGAAUAAAGAAGAACAGAAGGAAGUGAAACAAGUUGGUAGUGCUGUUGAAGUCCAAGAGGUUUGA